CCCCCGCCAUCAACAUGUCUCCGCUCUUUCUUUUGCUGUUGGGCCUCUUGGUCAAAUUCCCGACCGCUUUCUCCAUUGAAUAUAUCUUCAAUUACCUCUGCACUGAUUACAUUGCUCAUCUUGUUGAGUUCAUCGAGGCUUACAUUCAUGUUGUGGAUGUUGUGAGGUAUCAGCCUUAUCGAGAAAGAACUCAGAGGCCACAAACAACACGACCUUGAGAAUGCCUGCCUUACCUGGAGAGGCACUGCUUCUGAACAUCUUCGUCGAUGUACAUGCCUACUUCAAUCAACCUGCCUCGAAGCCUGUCCAUCAUCGCUUCGACAAAGGCUCGUAUCUGUAUUUGUACUACAAUUCUACUCAGAGGCGAGCUCGUCUCGAGGUCGCCAAUUCGGCCGGGACUCCUGACCAGGAUGCCUUCAAUGGCUACCUGGAUCAUGCCAUGUUCGCAAACUCAUACAAGCAUCCGAACUUGUUCACAAUAGGUGUGGAAAGCCUGAGACAUGGAGGCGCUUCACCAAGACCUGCGGACCACUCUCAUUGGCAUCUUCCAGCCUUUGGCCUGACGCAUGAACACAAAUAUCUGUACAAGAUACACACUCUGGACCUCUAUCUCUGGACGACCAACGACGCGAUCAAGUUCUUGGAUCUCAUGAAGCGUAUCCUGCCUCAGCAGAAUCUCGACAUACAUGAAGCAGCACCUCUUCCAGAGCACGACGGGAGCAUGAGCCCAGUGGUGCAGCAGCUAGAGAGUAUGGCUAUCCACACUCCGCCACAUGCCUGUGCGGCAAGUACUGUCUCGAACGCAUCGCAUCAGAGUCGACAAGGCCACACUCCAGAAGGUCAGAGGACGGUAUUUCUACAGACAGCUCUAGCUUCACCACCUAUGUCGGCGUCUCAAUUGGCUCCGUACAAUCCAGCAGCACCUUCUGCACCCGAACCAAUAGCUCAUCGAGAGAAAACGCCACCACCACCUGAUGCAGGUAGCGGAACUGGUCUCACUGCUACAGCAAUUCACGACCAUCCAGGUGCUUACACAACAGCUGGGGCGCAAUACAACAAUGUUCCACCACAGCGUGGCUUUCCUGGGCCACCACAAAGGGCGACGAGCCUCGGGUCAUUCCCACCUCCACCACCUCUUGCCACACACUCCACUCAUCCCAGCUUGCAGACGGCGCAUUCGUUCGCAGGACCUCCGACGUCUUCACAAAGCAGCACGCCUCAACAGCAGCAUCAUGCCCAGACUCAAUACGCAUCAUACCCGCAACACCAGUCAGCUCAGUACCCACAGUCACCUGGCUUUUCAAUGCACACGCCUCUGCAGUCACCAGGUGUUCCAGGUACGCCCAGCCAGCCGCCCGCGUACGGGAUACACACACCGCUACAGUCGCCAGCAUUUGCACCGCAGCAUUUCCCUCAGUCACCAGGCUUAGGUUCAACACCUCAUGGUGGUUUCUCAAACUACACGUACGGAGCGCAAUCUUCGCGGUUGACAUUGCCAACCGAGGCAUUUGCAGUGCAUAGUCAAGCGUACAGACCCACAGAGCAAGAGGUAUCGGCGCAUGGACACGGACACGGAUCCAAGGUGCAGCAGCAGGUGCCAUUCAAACCCGGAGGCUUCGAGGAGAGGUUGAAGAAGACAGAAAAAGGAGUCGGAAGAUUCUUGAGAAAGCUGGAUCAGAAAAUGUAGAUGGCACAGUAAGAGAUGAGAGUUAUGAUUUAUGCAUUAUUUGAAUAAAAGAAGUGACAAUGAUUCAGAGGGAAAGCGUUGCCGAUGUCGCAAAGUCUGGCGAGUAUGACGUGCGUGUCAGGGACAGCCCAAAAGUUGUAGCUCGGAUUAGGAUAGUCUGUGGGUACUUCUGUUACUCAGUUGAGGACUAUAAGAUGAACUGCGGUGGAGCAUGGCCGGUGUUCGAAACAGCAGCAGACGGGC